AUACAAAAACUUAAGAAUACAUAUCAUUUCCCUAAUUGCUUAUAUAUUUACAAGUAAAAACCAUUUAUGGCCUCGUUUUCUUUUCAAAUCUGGCAUAUAUGACCAAAUUUAGACUAAUUUAAAAAAAAUAUUUUGACAGAAAUAUCAGUAACUAAAAUGAUUACUCUAAUAUAAGUCGAGCCAAAAAAUUAAUAGCAAAAAAGAAAAAGCUAAUUUAUGCAAUAAUAUUCAAGAGAAGGUAAAACCUUGUCAAUGCUCUCUCUCUCUAGAUGUCUGAGCAUGAGAGAGUUAUGUCGAUCUCUCUCUCUUCUUCUCUCCUUGGUUUGUCUUUUAAUCAGCAGGAAUUUAAUCAUGGCGGAUACAAUAGUUGCUCAUAUUGAUCAACAAAAUAACCUAGAAUUGUUGGACCGGGAUGUGAAUCCGUUGUUGGAGAGGAAAUGGUACGUAUAUGGAGUAGUGAUGGCACUAUUGAUGUGGAUAGUGGGAGUCAUGAGGCUAACCAAGAACAUGCCGAGGAGACUCGCCAAGGCCAAUGUGUACCCAGAUGGAGUGAGGGUUAUGCCGACGCAGGAGUAUAUGGCGAUGGCGAAGAAGAUGGCUGAUCUUGAGGAGAAAUACGAUUCCGUGGAUGCUCAGGCUGUGGUUUAUCGGGAGAAGGAGAAGGUUCUCGACGCUGCACUUGGUUGUGUUGACCAGCUUCAGCUUCAGUUGUCCGAAACCAAGAAGGCGCUGGACGAGACAAUGACGCGGCAACAUGAGAUGAUGGCUUUGAUAGAGAAGAAAAAGAAGAAGAAGAGGAAGUUCUUACUGAAAGGCUGCUUCGGAGGAGUAUCUUCAGCCUCCAGCCUUUAGAAAGCAAAUUACACUUCAGUUUUCUGUAACUCUAUGAAAAAGAGAUACUGGAGAAGAUGUAAUUGUUCUGCUUAGGACUCUCUCUCUCUCUCUUUCUCACUUAUUGGUUGUAUAAUUGUGUUCUCAUUUCUACUCUUAUUGUUUAGUUGUUUUAUUGAUAGAAAACUUAUAAAUGAGCAAUUUGUCA